UUCUAGUGUGCACUUGCCGGUUCUUUCAUUCGCAUUGAUGCGGCUUCAUCGACUUGUAUCGUCGGUUGUUGGCGUAGUCUGGGUGGCGGUCGCAUCGGUCACUACAGCUAAGAAUGCAACGAUUCCGGAUGCCACUUACCCAACCAGAUCUGGUAUCAAAACGUGGGUCGACCCGGACACCCCCAAGGACCAUCAAACGUACAUCAGUUCGCGUGGACGCCAAUGGGACUUAGUCAUGAGCGACGAGUUCAAUACGCCAAACCGCAGCUUCCGACCUGGUGAUGACCAUAUCUGGAUGUCUCUAGAAAAACCGGACGGAGUCAACGGUGCCUUGGAAUUAUACUCGCACAAUAUGACCUCAACCAAGUGCGACGACGACGGCACCUGCUAUUUCUUCAUUAAAUCAAUCGAUGAAGUCAACGUAAUCCACGUCUACAACAUGUACACGCACCCUCCAGGCUACGUGGAUGCGUAUUUCUUUUAUAGAUCUGCAAUGGUACAAUCCUGGAACAAAUUCUGCUACCAAGGAGGAAUGGUCGAAGCUCGUGUCCAACUUCCGGGGGCUGUUUCAACUGAAUCUGGAAAUCCAGAUCUGGCCAAAGGAGACAACACAAAGGUCGAGAGUGGCAAAUACUAUCCAACGUGGCCGGGUAUCUGGAUGAUGGGGAACCUCGGUCGAGCCAUUUUCUCGGCUUCUACGAACCGAAUGUGGCCGUUCUCGUACGAUAAGUGCGAACCCGAUCUCUUCGAACCAAGUUAUCAACGUAUCAGCGCUUGCAACAACAAUCCUGGCUACGGUUUGAACCCGAAUCAAGGACGAGGAGCUCCUGAGAUUGACGUACUGGAAGGCGGCGGUACUCUAGUGUCAUCGUCACUUCAAAUAGGUCCAGGAAUGCCUGACGAAUACCGUAUUUACGGUGUCGAUUACUCGUCUGGGGAUUCUUCUUCGUGCAUCUACACUGCAGGCUGCAAGACUAAAGGUGCCAACUACGUGGGUGUUCCAACCGCGUACUACGAGAAACGUGGUCACAAAUCCUGGUAUCAAGGUCUGCGGUACGCUGCGAACAACCAUUGUUCACCCAGUGCUGAUGCUAAGCAGGACUACGAUACGAUUGCUGCUUCGAUUAAGACUGGUAUCACCGAGAAUACGUGCUCCACCGAGACGUGUCCUGGGUCACAUGACGUUAACGGAGACUUGGGACUGAUUGACGAUGCAGGCUCCGAACACUGGGGUAUCAACUCGAACGGUACCUGCUAUCCACUGUUUAACGUGUAUACCGGUGCCUAUCUGUGUGACCCCGACAAUUCCUUCUCGAAAUGUGCCAGUCCACGAAACGAAUCGACGCCGAAAUCGAACGCGAUGAGUUCGUUUAACUACCAAAUGGACGCCAUUUCGGCCAAUUGGCCAGUACAUCUCGGUGCCUACACAAACUUCGUCGUGUACCAGCUAGAAUGGGUUACCGGUAAGAACGGAUACGUACGUUGGAUGCUUCAAGGUAAUCCGUUGUUCGAGGUCCCGUCCAAAUCGAUCUGGGAUGUUCCACAGAACUCAAACAAGACGAAUCCUCAGAAGAUCAUGCUGGAGGAACCGAUGUAUAUUAUCUUCAACGUCGCGCUGUCGAGCUCGUGGGGUGCUACGCCUCCUAAUCCAGGCAAGGAAUGCCGUGGUGACGGAUCUGAUGAAGCGGUUAACAAAAUUUGUGACUCGUUUCCGCUAUACCUGAAGAUCGACUACAUUCGUCUGUAUCAGGACUUGGGUAAUGAUCUCGAAGAUGAUAACUACAUGCAGGUAGGCUGUGACCCAGCGAGUCAUCCGACCAAGAAGUGGAUUCAAGCGCACAUUGACGAGUACCAAGACGACGAUAAUCACCACAAAGAAGUCGCUGGUAAGGCGUUCUGCACUAUCGACGACGACUGUACCAUUGGUGGAAUUUUGGGUAAGACUGCACUGAAGACUGGCAAAUGUGUCAAGUCGCGAUGUGAGUGUUCGUACUCGUCUUCAUGGGGAGGACCACGAUGUACGACGGCCAUUUCAUCAAGUUCUUCUACUACUACGAAGACAUUCAGUUCGUUGAGCUCUUACGGUCCGCCGAUGGGGUUAUCAGUCGGCGUCGCAGCAGUUCUUAUCUUCUUCAGCUUCGUCUCGGUGAUGUGGUCUGUUAAGAAUCAGAACAAGGAAGCACUGCAGCUCAAGAAGCAGGUCAAGAAAGACGCACAAAUGACUCCAAGUAUUCACGAGGACGUGCAACUACAACAAGUUAAGCGUACGUCAGAUAGAGCCUCACAAAGACGGCUGAAAGAUAACUACAGUCAGAACUUUGUCUAAUCAGCAACAAUAAAUUACCGCAGA